AUGGCAGUUAAAAGAUGGGCUAAAUGGUUUCGUGAAGGCCGGGAAGAUGUUCAAGAUGAAGCACGACCUGACAGACCUGUUACCAAAACAACAUCUGAUAAUAUUGAACAGGUCCGCCUUCUUAUCGAUGAUGAUCCUCAUAUUACAAUAGAAGAGUGGCAAGAGCAAACUGAUUUAAGUCAUGGCACCAUUCACAGAAUCACUACCGAUCAUUUAAACCUUAAGAAGGUUACCGCUCGUUAUAUACCAAAGGAUCUUACCGAUAUUCAACGGGCUGAACGAGUUCGAAUAUGCAAACAAAAUUUAGGAAAAUUUCAAAAAAGAACAUAG